UGACCAAAGACCAACGGCGACACCAACCCGGGCAACCACCAUUGAAUAGGCUUCGUGCGCAUAUUCUGAGUUCUUACGGUGUUCAUGAUCGCCUCAUCGCUUCCGUUCUCAAUAGUUUCUCUUCUGCUAAAUUAAUUACUGUAUAUGUCUUGAAUUUCGUUAUCGUUGGCGGUUAGAAUAGUCAGGCAUGGCAGUCUCGGCUGCAUCUCUCAUCAAUGGCGAGAGAGCAGUCGUCCUUCUCUUCAUCUCUUGCCUUCUCUGCUAUACUCCUCUCUCUCUCUUUUUCCAAGGCUUUGCCCUUUCUCUCCUUGCUUUCGCCGGUUUUUUUGUCGAGAUCUCCGCCGAGAAUUCUACCUCCGUCAGCCGCUUCAGAACCCGGCCGGGCGCUUCAUCAGGAAUACUGCUGGGAGCGGUUACACUCCCUGCCGUCAUGCAUUCACGAUUGAUACAGCUCUCUAGAGCAUUCUCUGCACAUGAUAUUAAAAUUGAAGAAGCAGCUGAUCUCAAUGUGCAAUAUUGGGCUGUUUCUUCUAGCUGCCUCGGCAUACUUGUUUUCCUGUGCUCAAUUAUAUGGCAUUCAACCAAGAAUAGUUCUUUUCCUUGGUGUAGUGUUCGAGAGGCCAAGUUUAACUUAAUUUUUGUACUCUUUUAUUCAGCAUUGUGCUCUCUGUCUCUUGCCUCAAAUUCUUAUAGCGGAUUGAAUGUAGCAGUGAAGUUGCUGUGGGUAUUUUGUCAUGGGUUGGCAGCAGUGAGAUUUAUUCAGCAUAUUCUUCAUACUUUUCCAUCAUGUGCUUCAAUUGGUGAGGCACUUUUGGUGACUUCUGGUCUUGUUUUCUAUUUUGGUGAUAUGUUCGCAUAUACUCUUGUAAAGAUGGAUGCAUAUUUAACUUCAUCAAGUUUAGCUUCUGCACGAUAUGGAAGUAGAAGAAGUGAGAUAAGUACCAUCAUUCAGGGAAUGCUAGUUGGCCUUGUCGUAUUUCCCAUGUUUUAUAAGUUUGUUCUUCGAAUUUGGGCACGCUUAACAGGCAUGGUCAACUCUGUAGCUUGUGCAAGUGAAGAAAGAACAUCCCAAGGGAUUGAGAGAUCUUUUAUUUUCUAUGCCUCUCUGGCAGUUACCUUGAUUGUGAUUGUUCCUGCAUGGAUACAAUAUGUUCAGGAUUUUCUUGUGCACCCAUUAUUAUGGUAUGUGAGUUCUUUAUAUUCAUGUUGGCAUUCUUGAUUGCUCUUGAGUGUUUUGAGUUCUUCCCGGCUCCAUGUCAUAGAAAGAAACUGUAUGUA